GGGAAGAACCUGGGGCUCCUCUCCUUCCACCACAUGAUCCACUACCUUUGAUGAAGAACAAUCACAGCAACUCUUGUCGCUACCACAGUCCUGCACCUCACCAGAACACCUCACUUCAAGUCUGUCACUUUCCUGCCUCAGCCUCUUUCCUACCAGCAGCUCUGCAGACAUACGCCAGGUGUAAGGGAGGUAGGUUGCAUGGUAACGGUGUUCUUUUUUCCCUGAAUAGCAUGACUACAGUCAUUAUCAUCCUAGCUGCCGUGAUUGCCUUGAUCAUCGGGUUUGGUAUCUCAGGGAAGCACUCCAUCAACGUUACCGCCUUGACGUCACCUGGGAACAUUGGCCAGAGUGGCCUCCUGGGCUGCACCUUUGAGCCUGACAUCUGGAUGGGCAGCAUAGUGAUUCGGUGGGCAAAAGUUGGAGUGGCCGGAUUGGUUCAUGAGUUCAGAGGAGGGAAGGACCACCUGCAAGAACAAGACGUGGUGUUUCAAGGCCGCACGGCCAUUUUUGCAGACCAGGUGAUGGGUGGAAAUGCUUCCCUGGAGCUGAGAGAGGUGCAGCUGUCCGAUGCUGGUACCUACAGGUGCUCCGUCACCACAUCCCGAGGGAGUGGAGCGGCAGUGCUGCGGUACCAGACGGGAGCCUUCAGCACCCCCAGGGUCCACAUGCAGACCAGUAGCAGCGGGGACACAUUGGACUGCAAAGCGCCGCGCUGGUUCCCUCAGCCCACUGUGCGCUGGACGGCAUACAGCAACGCUGGGAAGUGCCUGCCUCAUGCUGCCAACACCAGCUAUGAGCUGAACUCUGAGAACAUCACUGUGAAAGUGGUUUCCUUUCUGCGCAACAUUACAGCCAACGCCACGUACACCUGUGUGAUUGAAAACAGCAUUGCCAAGGCUACAGGGAACAUCAAAGUGACAGGUAGAGAUUAACAGCACCCAGAGACCACGGGCAGUUCAGUCAGUGUGUGGUGUGUGAUGGGGGAUCCUGCAGCACUGCCUGCUCUGUACUGAUGAGCAGUUUUGGGAAAGGAGGAGAAGGCAGGGACCACUGCUUGCUUUCCUCUGCUGGAUUCAAAAUAGCAGAGCAUUAUUUAGCAUAUUUGGUAGACGAGGUCCCGUGUGUGCUCAGCACAGAGCAGAGGAGCUGAGCACACACUGAAAACACUGAAACCUCAAACCAAACCCUCCAACUUUUGACUUUCUUUAGCCACUUCAGCUUAGAUAACUGCAUUUGUAACAAACCAGCUGACCUUUAGCUGUUCCUGGUAUCAGUGUCUCUGACUCCAGCCCUUUAUUUAGAAGUACUUAUUCACAGCAUAGCAAACUUUCAAACAAACCUCAGCUGGAAUUUGUGGUGUUCUAUCCUUUUCUCUCAUAUCUGAAGCACUAAUAGUAACACAAUCUGUGGUUUGGCAACAGAAUUACAGCCUUCAAACUAGUUUGGGAAUGUGUACACAACGCUAGUAUCACCAUAACACCAGGUUUUCCUUUUUCCUGGUGCUAGACUCAUUCAUUAGUUCAGUUCCUACAAAAUGAAUAAAUAAACAAAUACAUAAAUUAUACAUAUCAGUGCUUCUCUAGAAACAGAGUUAGGCUUCACAAUCCUAUCCAAUUAAGUUAACGACCAACUACUGCCACCUCCGUGUGUACAUAAAAAGAAGGGUCUUAAUAUAUUAGGAAUAGCUGUGUUUUUAAAGCAGUGCUUGUACAGAACAGAAUCUGAUCAGUAAGCUGCAUGCAAUACUUGAGAGCCUAAAGCAUAGUUUGAAAGGAAAUGUAGCAGGAUUUAAGAAUGUUCAGUUGUCAUCCAUAC